AUGUCCAUGAAUGCAAACACCAUGAUUUUCAUGAUCCUGGGCGCCUCUAUCGUUAUGGCAAUAGCUUGCUUGAUGGACAUGAAUGCGUUGUUGGACAGAUUUCACAAUUACAUCCUACCGCAUCUCAGAGGGGAGGACCGAGUUUGUCACUGCAACUGUGGAAGGCAUCACGUCCAUUACGUCAUUCCGUAUGAUGGGGAUCAGUCAGUGGUGGACUCCUCGGAGAAUUACUUUGUGACUGACAAUGUAACCAAGCAGGAGAUUGAUCUGAUGCUGGGACUUUUGCUGGGCUUUUGUAUAAGCUGGUUUCUGGUGUGGAUGGAUGGGGUCCUGCACUACGCAGUGCGAGCCUGGAGAACCAGCCGACGGUAUGACAACUCCUGGUCUUGGAUUCCCAAAUUCUGUAACCUGAAGGAGCUGAGGAAGCGUCACCCCCGGCAGUACGAGGAGGCGACUGGCAACAUGGUGCACAUCAAACAGAAGCUGUACCACAACGGCCACCCCAGCCCACGGCACCUCUGA